AGAGAGAGAGGGCUGAAAGAGGAAAGCAAGCGCGAAAUGAUCAGCAAAUAGGAGGCUGGCUCUCCUCUCCUCUCCUCUCCGCUCCGCUCCGUUCUGGCAGUAGCAUUCUGGCCACGGAGGGACAGCUGGCACGUCUCGGCUAAAGAAAAGAGGAGAAGAGGAGAGACCUCAGUCCCCACGCAGGCAGCACAGCACUCCGAGAGGCGCUUCUCUCACGGAAAAACACACAGGAGAAGGAGAGGAGAAGAAGAGGGACAGAGGCAGAGAAAAGAAGAGCACAAGAGAGAGAGAGAGAGAGAGAGAGAGAGUGUGUUUGAGAGAGAAGUACUUAGUUGGCCGGUAGAGAGGCGCUUUGCUCCAGGAAAAAAGAGAGGAGGAGAGAGAGCAAGAGGAGAAGAGGAGAACAGCCCUUCGAGGAAAGAGGAGAGGAGAAGAGGAGAGAAGUCCUUUCGAGGAAAGAGGAGAGGAAAAGAGGAGAGAAGUCCUUUGGGGGGCAAGAAAAGAUGGAUUCCGACUCCGGGGAACUGAGCGAGGGGGAGCUUUCUCCAGGGCACGAGAGCUUCAACUCCAAGAGCCUGGCGCUGCAAGCCCAGAAGAAGAUCUUGAGCAAGAUGGCCACCAUGGCCGUGGCCAACCUCCUCACGGACGACACGAGCAGCGAGAUCCUGGACGAGCUGUACCGGGCCAGCCGCGAGUACACCAAGAGCAAGAAGGAGGCGCACAAGAUCGUCAAGGACGUCAUCAAGAUCGCGCUGAAGAUCGGCAUCCUGUACCGCAACCAGCAGUUCAGCGCCGACGAGCUGGAGACGGUGGAGCGCUUCAAGAAGAAGAUGAACCAGGCGGCCAUGACGGCGGUCAGCUUCUACGAGGUGGACUACACCUUCGACCGGAGCAUUCUCUCCGAGCUGCUGCUGGAGUGUCGCGACCUGCUGCACGAGCUGGUGGAGCAGCACCUGACCGUGCGCUCGCACGGACGCAUCGACCACGUCUUCAACCACUUCGCCGACGUGGACUUCCUCACCGAACUCUACGGCUCCUCGGAGGAGUACAGACUCUACCUGAGGAAGAUCUGCGACGGCAUCAACAAACUCUUGGACGAGGGCGUGCUUUAACCACUCGCCGCCGGGUUGCCAUCUUUACUUCUCUUGUUUGCUCCUCUUGCCUGUUUUUUUUUUGUUUGUUUGUUUGUUUCAUUCCUGAUGUCUUCAAAUCAAACUUGUUUUUGUUCAUACGAACAAGGGAUGAGAAUGACCUCUCUGACUUUAAUUAUUAUAUGAUUGUUUCUUGUGCAACUUUUCUUUUUCCUUAUACCCCACUUACCGAUGAAGCCUUACCCCCCCUUUCAUACCAGAUCCUGACCAAGGUUCAUACAGCAUCACAAUUUAUUUCAUAUGGUUUGACUCACAUGACCUAUCCAGCUAUUUUCCAAAGUUGUUGGAAUACAACAACAAGCAUUGUGAUGUUAAAAUACAAGACUGAAGCCAUGGCUCCGUCUAAGAAGACAAAAACCUUGACAGUAAUUACACUACAAAAACAGACUAUAUUAUAUACCAUGUCAAGCUGUAACUUGGGAUCUAAUUUGCAUGAACCUCCAAUAUGGUACUGCCAGUGCUGACUUGCACAAUGAAUGAAAUAGCAUGACAUAGUGUACAUACACCAUGACAGAUACCCCUGGUCCUACCCUGAUCUUUGAUAUGAAAAAGGGUAUUCUUGUAUAUUUAUAUGUAUGUAAGCCAGGGCCAAACGUGUAUUUGCUAUCCCAGGACACAAAUAUAACCACUAGGCCUACGUUAUGCCAUACUCUUACCUGGAUACGUCAGACUUGUAUGGGAUCUUUGUCUGCCAUGUUGUCCCAUACAUAAUAAAUCUUUUGAUCAGCUCAAAUAUUUCGAUAAUGCACAACAACGAGGGUAUACUACAGAACAUUGCUGGUUUCAAGCAAUGCAUUGGGUCUGCAUUAGUAAGCUUACAUUGUUAAACGGUUUGGCUGGUCCAUCAUUGAUAAACAGUACACAGUUGAAAUGAACCUUUGUUGCUAGAUUCCUAGACGGCAGACCUCUAAAAAAAAAACACAGCCUUUGCCCAAUGCGGUGUUGUACAUAUAUGAAUGGCAUUGUUGUCUGAGUGUAAUUUCACAAUCUGUCAAAGUCACUACCAAAAUCCUUUACCUGAAACUCCACAGAUCCUGCUCCAAAGCGGGGUUGCCAGAUUUGCCGGUUUCCCGCCCAAAUGGGCUGUUCAGGAAACAUGUAGUUCAUAGAAAUCAAUACAAUUUAGUUCAGAGUUUUGAACUACUGUAUAUCCAAAGCACUUUCCUUUGAGUCAAGGUAGUUGAAGUAGCCUAUUUAAAAACCCUUUAUUUUACAUUGGGGUAAACAUGUUAAAAACGUUGACCGGUUUCAGUCAUCAUGGCCUUCAUCAGCGUGGUUUUUAUUAAAAACUUUUUAACGGAGAGUGCUUUGGAUAUAGUUCAAAAGUCUGUCAGGCCCUAAAAGGAAUAACGAGAUGCACCCCUUCAACCUGGAGAAAAGACUAUAGAGCGCUCGUUAUUCAUUCCUUGUACAAUUUAGUUCACAUUGGGUUGAACUUAGUGCAUCGUGCUGGUUUUUUGAGCAUUUAUUGGGCUAGAUGUCAUCAGUCAUAUUUGGCAACCCUGCUCAAAAGCUGUUUGAGGGGUGUGGCCUCCACUUCUACCGUUUUGUGUGUGCCAAAACAAGAAUGUGGUCUGUGAAGACUAGCUCCCUGUUUAGCAAGUGUGUUUGUGUAUGUGUGACCAUUUUAGCAGCUUCUUUACUGUUGGGGUGUAACAUCUUACCUACAAUUAAAGAUUUGUUUCAAAUCUGUUUUUUAUUCAUUCAUAAAAUGUGAAGCUACAAACUUAAUCGGCUGGUUCUUAAGCGACUGGUUCA